AUGACGACACCGCUCACGCGCCGCAACUUCACUGACGAAGAAGAUCUCUUGCUUCUUCGGCAGGUGUCCGCAGACAUGCCCUUCCUUGCUCGCCGUGGCUUUGUGAUGGACAAGUGGGCACAAACCGCUCAGGCGCUUGCUGGGUGCGAGGAGUUUGGACGUCCCGACUUCGACGCCAAGAAGGCCAACAACCGCUUUAACGCACUCAUUGAAGCUCAUCGCAAGAGCAACCAAGAAUCAUCUCGUGCCUCCGGCAUUUCGGAGGAAGUUACCGAGAAAGUUAUGCUGCUGAACUGCUGUCGACCCUUGACGAUGCCAAGGAAGUAG